CGGGCGAUACCGCGCAGUGGCCGCCGAGAGCCGAGCGCGUUGCUGGGGUCCCGCGCGUCGUGGGAGAAACUCAGGUCACGCCUGACCUCCGUGUAGCCGAGGGGUUAGGGCGAGGUCUCCUCCCGUGUCAGCCCGUCAGGACCGUGGGCAGACGGGCACCGGGCAGGACCGGCGAGCGAGCUCGCGACCCGGUGAAACUUGGGAAUCCUGUGAGGCAGAAAUGCUGAGCUUCCUGCGAAGAACACUUGGUCGCCGGUCUAUGCGCAAACAUGCUGAAAAGGAGCGACUGCGAGAGGCACAGCGCGCUGCCACACACAUUCCUGCAGCUGGAGAUGCCAAGUCCAUUAUCACGUGCAGGGUGUCCCUUCUGGACGGUACAGAUGUUAGUGUGGACCUUCCGAAAAAAGCCAAAGGACAAGAGCUGUUUGAUCAAAUUAUGUAUCACCUGGACUUGAUUGAAAGUGACUAUUUCGGUUUGAGAUUCAUGGAUUCAGCCCAAGUAGCACAUUGGUUGGAUGGUACAAAAAGCAUCAAAAAGCAAGUAAAAAUUGGUUCACCCUAUUGUCUUCAUCUUCGGGUUAAGUUUUAUUCCUCGGAACCAAACAAUCUUCGUGAGGAGCUAACCCGGUAUUUAUUUGUUCUUCAGUUAAAACAAGAUAUUCUCAGUGGAAAAUUGGAGUGUCCCUUUGAUACAGCAGUUCAGUUGGCAGCUUAUAAUCUACAAGCUGAACUUGGCGACUAUGAUCUUGCUGAACAUAGUCCUGAGCUUGUGUCUGAGUUCAGGUUUGUGCCCAUUCAGACUGAAGAGAUGGAACUGGCUAUUUUUGAGAAAUGGAAGGAAUACAGAGGUCAGACACCAGCACAAGCUGAAACCAAUUAUCUGAAUAAAGCCAAAUGGCUAGAAAUGUAUGGUGUUGAUAUGCAUGUGGUCAAGGCUAGAGAUGGCAAUGACUAUAGUUUGGGGCUAACUCCAACAGGGGUCCUUGUUUUUGAAGGAGAGACCAAAAUCGGCUUGUUUUUCUGGCCCAAGAUAACCAGAUUGGAUUUUAAGAAGAACAAAUUAACUCUAGUGGUUGUGGAAGAUGAUGAUCAGGGCAAAGAGCAAGAGCAUACCUUUGUCUUUAGGCUCGAUCAUCCUAAAGCCUGCAAACACUUGUGGAAAUGUGCUGUGGAGCACCAUGCCUUCUUCCGCCUCCGAGGGCCUGUCCAAAAGAGCUCUCACCGAUCAGGGUUCAUUCGGCUAGGAUCACGGUUUAGAUACAGUGGAAAAACAGAGUAUCAGACCACAAAAACUAAUAAAGCAAGAAGAUCGACCUCCUUUGAAAGAAGGCCCAGCAAGCGGUACUCCCGGCGGACCCUACAAGUGAGAGCAAGCACAACAAAACCUGAAGAUCUUGGAGUUCAUAAUGCUUCAGCCCAGAACAAUGACUCCCAACAGGCUUGGGGAGUGAGGUCUCCUGUGCCCGUGGCUCCUUCCUCAGGCUCUGGUCCCGUGCUGGUGGAGAUAGAGAAUCUUCCACAGAACUCUGCAGCAGACCAACACGACAGGAAAUGCUUGCCUCUGAAUGUUGAUUUACUAAAUAGCCCAGACCUACUGCAAACAACCAUUGGUGACGUAACAAGAACAUCAGAUACUUCAGAAACAUCCCCAGCACCAGGUGACAUUAACGUAGCCACCAGGUCAAGUGAAUUAGAGGAGCCCAAAGUCGAAUGUGAGACAUUUAAAGAUGACACAGAGAAGCUCAAACAGCUUGAAAUGGAGCAGAAUAUCUCGCCAUCUCCUCGCCCUACCAUUGACAUUAAUGUCAACAGCCGGGAGGAAGUGGUAAAGUUGACUGAGAAGUGUCUUAAUAAUGCCAUUGAGAGCCCAGGAUUGAAUGCAGUGAGGGUUCCUCCUGACUUCAAGAGUAAUAUUUUGAAGGCUCAGGUAGAAGCCGUGCAUAAGGUUACAAGAGAAGAGAGUUUAUUAACUCAUAAAAACACCAGUGUUCAGGAUGCUACCACAAACAGUACUGUAUUAAAUGAAAAUAACACGCCCCUCUGCAAAGAUUCCCUCACCCCGGUGCAUGCCACAGCUGCAGACAGUGGAUCUGUACUAAAGGAUGCUACAGAUGAACUGGAUGCCUUACUUCUUUCUCUAACUGAGAAUCUGAUGGACCACACAGCCACACCCCAGGUGUCUUCAUCAUCCAUGAUCACGCCCCGGUGGAUUAUUCCACACACUGCUGCCAUCUCCAACGGGCUCGCAGGAUGUGGAACACCUUUGGCAGGGACAGAUGGAUGUGGUAAUAAAGAUGGAUUCUCCCUGAUUUCCGCCCCAGCACCGUUCUUGGUAGAUGCUGUGACCAGCUCUGUCCCUCCUUUGGCUGAAGACACAGCCUUGAAGCAGAAGUGCUUGCUGACUACUGAGCUCUGAGGACCACUGCUCCUGGCCUGUAACUGGAAAGCGCCAUGCUCUCCCCAGUCAGCCCUGGAUCCAGCUGACUGUGCCCUUUUCUUGGGUAAAACCUUCUACCUGGAUUUGACUUUAACUCCAUAAAGGAGAUAGCUACAUUUUCCGUCCGACUGGAAGACUACCCCACAUAACUGCUUAGCUGAAGACACCUCCUCCUCUUCCUGUAAUUUUAUUUACAUUGCCA